AUGGACACUACCAUGAACAACGCAGACCCGCAGUCAUAUUCUGACUUCCCAUGGGACUCACUAAUCGACACAUUUCCUUUCCUGACCAACCAAGUCUACCAAGCACUAUCCUUCCAACUAGAAUUCUUUCGCAAUAUGAGCACCAUGAACCUCCCUCUUCCUGAAGAUGCUAACGCAAAAGAAAAAUUGGAGACAAUCCUCGAUAAAGCAAAACUCAUCAAUGAACUGAUGUCCAGUUUGGCUCACAGCUCUGAACUUCUCAUUGAGUUGAAGAAUAUGGAACAUGACGAGAUGGUCGAUGCAAGGAGAGAGGAAGUCAGCAGCAUGAUUGAUGAGGCGGGGGAGAAUAUGGAAAAGGUUAUUACUAUGCAGAAAGAGGAAGUUGAGAGAGGACUGAGGCAGGGAGUUGCUGAACCGGGACUGGCGGAAGUCCAGGAUCAACAAAGACGUACAGAACAGGAAAAGUUUUUGCAACAAAGGAUUAGUGAGCUAGGUUUGGGAGCUCCAGGACCUUCAGAAACACGGUUACCGUCUGUGCAGCCACCAGCUCACCAGCAGAGUCAUUUGCCACCACAAAGCACUAUACCACAGCAAAUUCCAGGGCUUCACCAUGCUUCUUCUGCACUACCAACGGGAAAUCAAGGAUACAAUCCAGUACCACUACACAACCCAGUGCCGGCACACAGCCAGGCACCAGGACAUGGCCAGGUCCCAGCAUACCCCCUCCCUCAAACAGUCCCCAUACAGAGACGAGAUAGUGUAUACACGGAAACAAGCACCACAAGCUCUGAUGACUCUGAGAUUCUCAGGAUGAUGGAUAAGGAGCUGAAGAAGCAAAAACAAAAAGACAGAGCUGCCAAGAGAACGGCAAAGAUGAAGAAAGAGCGGGAGAGGGGCGACUUUUGUAAGCGCUGUGGGCGUUGUUGA